AUGUUCGCUAUCGUAUCUUUCGCCUUUGCUUUGCUUUCGCUCCCUCUUGCGCACGCACAAACUUACAGUGCGACGUACGCGCCAUCGAGCCUUCCGGACCAGACUGAGGAAGGUCAGUCUGGGACGAACAAGUGUGGGACGACAAACCACCAGGACUCCAUGUGCCAGAAUAUUUACAUUAAUUCGGUCGACGACUUCUGCUUCUACGCUUCGCCCCAGCCUGGCGCCAACUCAACCAUCGGUGACACCGAGCGUAUCGAGGUGUCAUGGUGCCUCAAGGACGGCUACGGCACGCGCACGAUUCCUCCAAAUACCAUCUCCGGCGCGCAUUUUGUACAGACCCCGGACUACGUCCAGGUCACGGGCACCGGGAACCUCACACAGGUAAACAUCCCUGCAGGCGAUGCUGGCGGCGAGCUCGACCCGCACGGCGCUGACGGCAACGGCAACCCGAUCGGCGGGCUCGUGUUCUCGAAUGCGUUUACGGGGCAGUACGUGCAGGUGCACGAGUGGACGAACUACAUGUCGGACACGCAGUUCUGCUUCCGGGCGUGCAAGGACGGGCCGGACGCACCCGCGCUCUGCCAGCACAUCUACGACGAGAUGGGCUGCGCGUGGAAUAUGCCUGCUAACUACGACUCCGGCACGUUCGAGCGCUGCGGGGGCGACUCCGGCGAGCCGAUGGGCGUCUACGGUACGUCGACGUUCCACCAGGGCGACCCCAGCACACCCUCGCCGCACUCUGCGCCGUCAUCGUCGGCGUGCACGACCGUGCCCUCCGUCGGGCUUGCCUCGAUGUCGGGCUCGUCUGCGCCUACUUCGGCUGGAGCCUCGAGCGCUUCUGCAACCAGCAAAGCCACGUCUGGCUCAACUGGCUCUGCGCCCUCUGCGACGUCUGGUUCACAUACUAGCAGCACGUCUGAGCUCGCAUCUAUGAACUGGGUGCUCCAGGGUUUUGCGAUAGUUAUGACCGUUCUCGGUGGCAUCUGGGUCGUCGUGUAA